GGCAAUGUGCAUAAAUGAAAGCUUGCGUAGUGAAACUGAAGCAAAAAUUUACAAACUAGGAGCAAAAUGCAACGAAGUUGAGGCUUGAUUUACAGCAAAAUACCAUAAAACACAUUUUCUUAUUCGUUUAUUUUCGGUUUACAAAAUCAGAAAGAUGGGACGAAGGUCAAUCAACACCACCAAGAGUGGGAAAUUCAUGAACCCCACUGACCAAGCCAGAAAAGAAGCUAGGAAGAAGGAAUUGAAAAAGAAUAAAAAACAGCGUAUGAUGGUUCGAACUGCAGUGCUCAAAGGAAAAGAUCCUUUAAAGCUGUUACAAGAAAUGGAAAUAAUCGAUCAAAUGGAAUUUAAUCCUAUUGAUGCACCAAAACUAAGUGAAAAGGUCUUGAAAGACAAAAGGAAAAAACUGAAGGAAACAUUUCAGAGAGUUAUAAAACUUUAUGAAAAAGAAAACCCAGAUUUAGCCAAAGAUUUACAAAAGCAAGAAGUGGAAUAUGACAGAAAAAGAGAAAAACUUCAAGUCUUUUAUGAACAAGUGAAGAAUGCAGAGAGAGUAAAAUUAGACCAGAUUCCUUUGCCAGCAUUACCGCAGCAGGAUACAUCUACUUCAAUGAUACCUUUACCAAGUGAUAUACCCCUUCCGAUGGGCCAGGAUAGACCACAUGGCAUACUCAAGAAAUCAGCUUAUGAAAAAAGUUUGUCUGGUUUUGACCUGGAGGCAGCGAGGCGACGCCCACCCCCCGGUCCACCCCCUGGCCCCCCUCCUGCUCUCAGUGACAGUGAGGAUGAGGAAGAAUACGACCCUGCCAAAGGUAUUGAAGAAAAUAUAGGCACAGUUGAUGUAGAUGUUGAACAUCCACAUGAUGUUUCAGAUGAUCGCAUGGAAACAGAACAUACUUCAGCAAAUAGCAAACAGAAGAAAAUAAGAUUUAUAGACGAUGCAUCAAGAAAUCCAGAUGAGGAAGAAAAGGACACAAGACUGAAAUUUGCUCGACCUAAACCAGCAGGAGUUACUCCCCUUCAAGCAAAAAUGUUGAAAUUGGCUGGGCAGCAGGCUCCUAUUAAGGAGAAAAAAGAGAGACAAGUAGAAAGUGAUGAUUCAGACUCUGAUGAUGAGAAGACAGAGGCACAUCAGGAACAGUCAACACACCUGACUGAGGUGUCCUCAAGAGAUGAAACAGAGGCAGCACAAGCCGGGAGACUGGUCCCUCCCGGACCCCCUCCUGGUGCCCCACCAGGCGCCCCUCCUGGAGCCCCUCCUGGUGUACCUCCAGGUCCUCCCCCAGGUGUACCUCCCAUGAUGUUCAGACCUCCCCCACUGAGGGGUGGUCCUCCAGGAGCCCCACCCAGAAUGUUACCCCCAGGGCCACCUCCUGGAAGACCCCAGGGGCUACCACCUGGUCCCCCGCCAGGGUUACCUCCCAACUUACAAAUACCCGGGCAGAGAAUGCCACCUGCUCCUCCAGGUGUACCUCCUCCAAGGAUAAUGAGGCCUCCGUCUGGUCCCCCAGGAGUUUUACCCCCAGGACUUCCUCCCCCUCCAGGGGUCGGGCCUAACCCUAAUGUCCUCAGUGCUCCUCCCAGCAUUAUGAAGCCUCCUCGGAAAUCAGGAGAAGAGGAGAAGAAAAACAUGGCCACCAUCGAGGCCAAACCUCAGAUCAAGAAUUUGUUGGGGGAUGUGACAAGAUUUAUGCCUACUACUCUGAAAGUCAAGAGAGAAGGAAAGGAUGCCAAGGGCAGGAUAAAGAUUCAUUCACGAGAAGAGGAGAGGAGGCCACUAAGUUUGUCUCAGGUGGCAGCACCUACUGUGACGACAGUUCCCACAAAGACAAAGGACGAUGCCUAUGACCAGUUCAUGAAGGAGAUGUCAGACUUAUUAUAGUGCCAACAGAAUCAUUACCCGGUACAAGAAUCUAGAUCUUCUGACUUUAAAGGAAAACUGUGUACUAGUGUCAGGGUUUUCCUACAAAGAUUUUCAUUCAUUUGGAGGAUAACAUCAUUUUGAAGCAGACAUUAACAAUUUAAAAUUGUGAUCAAUCAUGAAAUGUGUUUCUUAUGCUUGUAUUGCAUUUUGAGAUGAUUUUAAAACAAUCACAAUGCUUGUACAUGAAUUUAAAUGAACUUUGGAGUUACUGGAAAUGGAUUAUUUCCCUUUGAUUGCAAGUUGCACUGUAAAUGAAAUGCAUUCAGAGAUAUUUAUCAUGUACAUUAUAAAUGUAUGAUGUGUUUCAUUAGAAUCAUUGUCUGCAGUGUUCAUCAAGAAAACAUGAGUUACAUGUACAUGUUUUAAUGAUUAGAACAAUUGCAAGGAAUUUGAUUUAA